AGGACACUUGUUGGCAUUUCUAACUUUGCCAUUUCCUUGGUAAAACAAGACACAAUAACUUUCCAUUGCAUUAUCUUUCCCAGGCAUUAUCCAAGGUCCAGAAAAAUUGGCUCUUUUGUUAGAGCUGAAAAUUUUAAUUUAUGAGCAAAGGAAUGCUAUGUAGAAUUUGGCUAUUAUCAAGCUAGGUGGGGAAGUGGACGAGAUACAUUUUAGCAUUUCCAACUCUGUGCAGCUAAUAAAAAACUUUGUGCAACUUCGUUCUUGAUUUAUCUGUUUGACUGUAUUUGAUUGAACUUGAUGCUUGACUAGGAUCAAAAGCAAAAGUUUCAUUUUCCUCUUCGAUGAUUUAUGCAGCUUGAAGCAGAAGAGAAGAGGUUAGGUGAAUCACAACAGAAGUUGGCUCAACUAAGGAGGAAGAACAGUGUCAGGAAAUUCCAAACCCAUGUAGACGAACCUAUACAGGAUCCCGACCUGUAUACUAGUAAGCUAUACAGAAUAUCUCCCAAACCAGCUUUUACCUUCUGGAAGAGCGAAACUUCUUAUACAAACAAGCUUCAGAUCAAACCUCGCUCUGAAACUCUUGAUAUCAAACAAGAAGAUGUGCAGGAAGACAUGGUGACAGAUUCUGUGCCUAAAAGUUUUACCUGUCCCAGUUCUUCUGCUGACAAACCUGGUUUGUGCAAUCUUAAAGGAGAACAAAGUCAGAGAACUUUUAAUGAAAAGGAAAUGGUCGAUGAUCAAGAUAAGGGAGAAACAGGAACUUCUGAUAAAAAAGUGCAGAAGGAUCUAAUAUCUAUGGUUAGUCGCUACUCUUCACCAUGCACAAUCAAAUGCCAGACUUGUGCUGUUGUAUCCAGUCAACACAAAAGAAAGAUGAGGAGUCUUGUAUUGUGUCCAUGUAAUGAGAAACUCUUUGCCACCAGCGCACUGGAUGGAGCAGUCAAUUUGUGGAAGCUUCAGGAUAGUGGAUCUAGUGCAGUCCUUAUUAGUACUGCUAAUUGCUUGUCACCCAAGAAAAGGAGAUGGCCAGAAGAUGUUGCCUGGCAUCCCGAGGGGAAUUCCAUUCUAUCAGUUUACACUGCUGAUGGUGAAGAAUCACAGAUUUCAAUCUGGAAUCUUAAUGAACCAAAAGAGAGUUCAAAAGUAAGAUUCUUGGAAGAAAUUCCACAUGUUAAAGGCAUCAUCAACAGCAUAAUGUUCAUGCCCUGGGAAGCGAACUCUUUUGCUACUGGAGGCAGUGAUCACGCCGUUAUCUUUUGGUCAGAGAAGGAGCGAGAGAAUUCAUUUAAACCUCACGUGUUACACAAAACUAUCCAUUCCUCUGCUGUGAUGGGGGUAUCCGGGCUGCAACAAAAGAAUAUUGCCAUGUCCGCUGGCGCUGACAAAAGGAUCGUUGGGUUUGAUCUUAUAGCAGAGAGGGUGGAAUAUAAGCAUCAAUUGGAAAGCAAAUGCAUGAGUGUUCUACCUAAUCCAUGUGACCUUAAUCUGUUCAUGGUUCAGACAGGGACUUUAGAGAAGCAGCUAAGGUUGUUUGAUAUAAGAGCGAGGCAAACAGAGGUCCAUUCACUCGGUUGGAAGCAAGAAAGCAGUGAAACUCAAUCUGCUCUUAUACAGCAGUCCUGGUCUCCCAAUGGCUUGUACAUUUCAUCCGGUUCAAUGGACCCUGUCAUCCACAUAUUUGAUAUAAGGUACAAGUCUCACAAACCUUCCCAGUCCAUAAAUGCACACCAGAAACGUGUCUUCAAGGCCGUUUGGCACCCCACAUUGCCUCUACUGAUAUCCAUCUCCUCUGAUCUCAACAUUGGAUUACAUAGAACUGAUUGAGUUGUAGAAAAAAUUGCAUUGUUUCAAUGUGGAACUGUUCUGUUUUUGUGAUAUUUGACCCAAGAAAAUGAAGUUAAAUGUAAAUUGAAAGGUUAUGCUGUAACAAUUGAGGGUGCCCAAUUGCCCAUAAUUGGAAUGUGGGAUGAGCCCGCAAAGUUAUUCAGUUUUAUGAUAUAUAUAGAUUAUGUUUUUACUCUCAAAUAA